AUGAUAAGUUCUGUAGAAGCAAGAGAAGCUGUGAGUGUGGCUUGGAAGCCUUGCCGGAUGGCCCGGAUGCUUUGUUCGUUGCCUUUUGCUUGCAAAACCGGAAGCAGCGCCUUUGUCUUGAUUCUUUUCCAGUUCGUGUGUGUUUCAAGAGCACUGCAAAGCGAAGCAAUGCUGGCUCGCCACGAAAGCACAGAGCACGGCAUUUUUACGCUCAGAACGAACAUAGGCCGCCAGGCAAGCAUUAUUCCGGAGCUUCUAUACGGCGAAACGCCCUUCACGCAGAGGGCUCGGCUGUUUUUCCCCAAAAUAACAAUAAAAAUCUCUGCACAGACACACAGCCCAAGCUCGCGCAAGGAAAGCUCUGAGACAGGCUUGCCCAGCAGUGAGAAAGUUGUGCGCCAGGACAGAAACGCAGUGCCUGAAGAGUACAGGCGCGAGUAUCAUAGGGUUCUGGUGAAGUUGUUUCCUUCUGCAAACAAGACACUGUCGAUUGAGAGCGGCCGCACGGACUCUUUCACAAAUUUUCUGCUCGCAGACUCUGUUAGGGAGCACGCGCACUACAUCAUUGCCACGCUUUUUCUGCUGAGCGAGGGCGUGCCUGUGCCCAUUCAGUGCACCGCUGAUGAAAUUUUUCUGCCGAAAAAAAGCAGCAGCGGCGAGUUUUUUCGGGUCUGCACGCGAACGUGGGUGUACAGCGAAAGAAAAAAGAGGCUCAUCAAGGUUCAGCAGAAAGAAGCCGCAGAAAUUAUACAGUUUUUCCAGACGUAUGGGUGCGAGGAGGAGCUGCCCAAAACCAAAGAGAGCUUUGAGACGGGCUCUUUUAUGGACAGCCCGCAGUUCCUUGUGCAGUCGUACAUGUUUGAGCUCUGGAAGGCGCCUGAGGACCUAAUAAAGUCCAACACCUGUGUCUACAACAUCCUAAUGGACUUGUCUCAGGCAGAAAAGAGGCAGCGCACAUUCGACGAGCCCACUCUUUUGGACCGCGUGUUCAAAAAGUGCUUUAUUACUGUAAGCGAAAAAAAGAAGCAGCAGCCCAGCUCGGAAGACGCCGCGUCUUCUAGCAGAAACCAGAGCCUGGGCGAGCAGGCGCCUGCCGAGGAUGAGAGUGACCACUUCAUUGACUAUCUGAUAGAGCACCGCAAUAGUUUACAGGAGCCCACGCCAGAAGAAACAUUGGACGCGCCCAUGAUUAGGCAAAAGGUUUCCAAGGCUGUCCGAGACAUGCUUACAAAUGACCCGAAAAACAUAAACAGCUUUCUAAUGAUCAAAGACAUACACAGCGACUUCAACUACAAAAAAAUGCUUGUUGCGUAUCUAGCCAUCCACGCAUACGAGAAAAACAUGCAGCUGCACCCAGCGCAUCCAACCGUGUUGUUUAUUUCAAGCAUGCUAGACAGCGUUUCUCUGGACGUGCCCAAAACCCGAAACCAAAUCAUGCAUGCUCUUAUCAUAAUGCACGACGUUGAGGUUCUGUACUCAGGCAUUCAUAUAGGGAGCUAUGCCCGCGCAGAAAUGUUAAACGACCGUGCUGCGCGAAUGCAGACAUACUACUACAUGCUGGACUCGGGCUGCCCGGCAGCCUUUGUGAAAUACAUGCACGAGUACUGCGCGCUGUGCCUGUCCGAAGGAAAAGACGUGUUUCUUGACAGCGCCCCGCAGUUCAGUGAGCGCACACUGCCCAUGGUUUUCCAGCUUCUUUUCCAGAGCCGCAGCGUGGAGCAUGCCAAAGCCCUGGCUAAGGUGCUGCAAAAGGGUGGAGAAGGCGGGAGGCGCCUGGAAAAAUCUCUAGGCCUAGCAUGGUUUGCCUUUGCGUGCAGUGAUUCUUCGGUUCCGGCGCAGCUUCUUGUAGACAUAUACCGCAGCGUAGUUUUUUCUGGGCAGGAAAAGUGCACGCUCUGCUGCUCUUUGUGCGCACCAUACGCUUCUGCCGCUUUGGAAAGAAUGGAGGAGCAGAAGGCCAGCCUCUGCCCAGGCCGCGCCGAAAACGCGCAGGGUUUGCAGGGCGAAAAAUAUGCCCGCAUAAAGGCCUUUUUUUCGGCCGUUCUGCCAGAGCCCGCCCAAUAG